AUGAAUAACAAGACAUAUGGACACAUCGACAUGGAUGAGAUCAGGACACAAUAUUAUAAUACUCCAAACAUCACCGAAUUAAGAGCCGCUGUUAUUCGAGCAAGACUGGAGGCUUUUAAAAUGCUUAAGAUUUACAAAGAAUACGUUUUAAAUAAUGAUAAUGCAGAAAGAGUAGCGAGAUAUAAUGCCAAAUGGGAAAAAAGUAUGGAUAAAUUGAAAAGUCGUGUAGAUCAGAUGAAAAGACACGGUUCGACCUUUACUCUUUCGCGAGAUCUGGUAGACUGCAAACUUUCAGAAUUUUUCGAAAAGGAAAAAGCGAAAAUGGGUGUAUUUGAUAGUAUGAAUCCUUACACCAAAGAUGGUGUCGAACCAUCCAGUGCUUUACAGGAAACGCCUAUUGCUAAAGAAAGCUCGUUGAAUGUAAUGGAUCUGGAGGAUAUACACCAACAUUCACAAUCCUCUGUUCAUUUUGACGUUGAAAAUUCACCGGAACAACCUCAAAAAGAGAGGAGACAAAAAAAAACCAAAAAUAUUCUUGGACCCGUUAUCGUGAGCAAUAAAAAUAAUUACAAAAUUACACUUCCAUCGGGAAACCAAUUACCACUCAAGAAUUUUAUACAUAAAAAGACAAUAAUGCGCAGAUAUUGGCGGCCUUUGCCAUUUAAAAAACCGUCAUCUCGCACGAUUGGUCAUAACUAUUACGAAGUUUUGGAUAAUAUGUGGAAAGAAAGCAGUGAUGGAUGCAUAGAAUUGUUGGAUACUGAUCAAGAGGAUAAGGCAGUAAUAGUUAUUUCAAGCGAAGAUGAAGAUUCUGAGUUGGAAAGCUCACUGCCAUCGGUUUCCAAAAAAUUGAUUACCCGAAAAGAAAGUUCGCGACCGUCUAUGUCUAAAAAUUCAAAUCCACAAAUCGAAAGUUCUCAAGUCUACAAGCCUAUAAGGUCAAAUUCACGAAAUCAAGAUUUGCAAAAGUUACUAGUGCAAACACAAUCUAUUGCUGAUUCUGUAUUAAUUGAAAUAAACGCGUUUGACUUAGAAGCAAAUGAGUGUUUGGCACAAGCGUUAUUAGAACAAGAGCUGAAUAAGAAGUCGCUUUUUGAUCGGCGUAAUUAUAAACUUCAAAGGGCAAUCGAAAAAAAUAAGGAUUUGCGAGCUGAUUUACCAGAGGAUAUUGAUGAGACAGCCUUACUAAUGAAAUAUCUUGUGGAUAAAGAUUUAACCCUAGAUUCUGAUGAUGAAUCACCACAGCCCAAUGUUGGUCAGGGCGUUUCAUUAAAUCAAAAUCAUAUUCAGGUUGAUUCACAUAAACGAGAAGAAAUGAAAAAGAAAUUUACCCAGUUGAGAUCGUUUAACUUUAAAUGUGGUAGCGGUGAUGUUAAUGAGACGGCCCUUGAUUAUAGUAAUCCCGAGGAGCCAAAGAUAGCAAUCGCAUACAUUGCGAAUUCAGAUCCAAACUAUAAUUCCAUGGGGAAUUUGCAAUUUUGUGAUGUCUUAAACGGUUCAGUAUAUAACUUGUAUGGUCAUCUUGAAGAAGAUGCGAUAACCAAACAAGACCUAUGGACCACCGUAACCGAUGUGAAAUUUUCUCCUGAUGGAAAACUUCUUUUUUCUGCAUCAACUGAUUGCUCCAUAAAGAUAUGGAAAACUUGGGAUCAUCAGCAGAGUUUCCAAAGUCCCUUGAAUACAAAAGUAUGUAAAUCAAAGGUCCAUAGGAUUUCUGUUUCUCAAAGACCGGAACGUGGAUCACUGUACCAAAUUGCUUCGUGCGAAGAUUCAGGCAUGGUUCAAGUUCAUUCCAUCAGGAAAGAUAACUAUGGAGAAUAUGACACGACAUCGAUAGAAUGUUUUGAUGAAAAAUGGAAAAAUGAUGAUCUUCGAAGGGUAUCAAGCGACGUCGUAUUUGGCAUGGACAAUAAUGUAAUUUCAGGUUAUGUUGGAUCUCGAAUAAAUCGAAAAGGUGAAAUCAAAGUUUGGGACAUAAAAAGCAGAAAGAGAAUGUGCAAGAGUUCAAUUUCUAUUUCGAGUAGUGUCAGUUGUUUGGAUAUUUCUCAUGACGGACAAUGGGUGGCAUGUGGAACGACAGCUUGUGCAGGUGAAGUUGAAGGAGAUGGCAAAAUGCACAUGUGGGAUCUUAGAUCGAAAAAAACUAUUAUUGGAACUACAGAAGAAAAAGAUGCCAAUGUGAUAUCGAUAGCACCCAAUGAUCAAUAUGUUGCACUUGGCGGCAUAUCGAACACGGUUCAUGUCUUUGAUAGAAGAAAUAUGAAAAAAAGUCUUCAUUCGUUGGAACAUGAAGAUCCUAAUGACGGCCUACCACAUGAUGGUAUUAUGUCCUUGCAAUGGAUUCCAGAUAGUAGUAUUUUAUUAAGCGGUGGAAAUGAUUCUACUGUUCGUGUGUGGAAUGUCGAUGCAGCCGUUAACAACAGUCCUUUACUUUAUAAAUUUGAAAACCAUGAUAGUCCGGUUACUUCUAUUAGAAUUUCACCUGAUCUAAAUUUUAUGUUGGUUGGAGUGUCAACUGGAAAAGUUUACGUUUACACGACUAAUGAAACUUAUCUUAAACGUGGAAAUU